AUGUUCAUUGGUACUCCGCACCGCCUCGAAGGAGUGAGCGAAGAGGAACUUAGUGAUCGAUUCACCCGCAUUCUCAAGCUCGAUUUCAACAAUGGCACGGUCGUUGACGAGCCUUUCUGUUCGAUUAAGAUAUCUACAGAAGACAGACUCGGCGUGCCGCUUGACCAUCUUCAACUUCCCUUUAUGCGUGAGGAACACGGCGCUUCAAUAUUGCAGAUACGGCGCUGGUUGGAGUCAGUCAUUCAUCUCUAUGACGGAGCUCAAGAUGUGGAGAGUUUGAGGGUGGAAUUGAUGAGCAAGAACUUAUUGCUGAACCAGCCCCAUCAAUCUGUCACGCAACAGGCUGCUAAAGCCUCCAGUGGGCCACAGCCUAGCACGCCCUCUUACAGUAAUACUGAGUCAAGCCCGGAACAAAAAUCUCUCGAGGCUCUCCUGGAGAACUUUUCUGUGGAACGACGUGACCCCCAGAUACCUUGUUUCAUGAUGGACACAUACGUGAGGAACAAGGACUUCUACGGAAGACAAGAUGUUCUAAGCAAACUUGAUGACUGCCUUCUCCCUCCAAAUGACCCGCUGACAUCUUCGCAACCCGACCAAAUACGCGUGGGAAUAUUAUGCGGCAUGCCUGGUCUGGGGAAGACAGAAAUCGCCAUCGAAUACGCUUUCGCUCGCAAAAACGACUUCGAUGCUGUUUUCUGGAUCCGAGCCGAUGAUGUGUCCAAACUUGAAUCGGACCUUGCCCAGAUCGCUAUCGAAUUAGAAAUCCAGGACCCCAAAGAGCCAGAUGACAAGGUCACCAAUAAAGGUCUCGCAAUUGAGUGGCUUUGCAACCCGUCUAAGAAAGACCGUGGUACAGGCAACCAAGUGCGAGCCUCAUGGCUGGUUGUGUUCGACAACGCCGACGAACCUGACAUCCUGGCGCCAUAUAGUGACAUCGCUAAUAGCGGAGCAGUCUUGAUCACUAGCCGCAGCCCCCUCUCGAGGACAAGCUUCUCGCAACAUGCAAUCUGUAUCGAUGUCCAGACGUUCAAUCAAGAAGAUUCUGGGCUGUUUGUUCAAAAGUUUUCAGGGAUUCAGGGCCGGCUUGAAGAAGCAAGACAGGUUGGUGACCGACUAGGUGGGCUGCCACUUGCGCUAGCUCAGAUGGCUGGCAUAAUUAGGCUCGACUUUCUAAGCUAUCCUGAGUUUAUGAGACUUUAUGACGCUGGAGAUAUCAACGAGAUGGAGGUUCAACCGUCCCGGGAGCCGGCUCGUGGCAACGUGUCAACAGUCUUGGAGAAGCUGUCAGCUGCUGCACAGGCAAUUCUGGAAAUCUCAUCGUUUUUGGACCCAGACAGUAUUCAAGAGAAGAUCUUGAUGAACCAUGCUACUGAUGUGGAUAUGCCCUCGUAUCCUAAGAAACAGGUUGCUUUUUACAAUGCUCGGAAGCAACUGAUUGGGUCCUCCAUAUUUCGUCACAAUCAGGACACGGCUGAGUAUUGGAUGCAUCGUGUUACGCGAGACGUUGUGCGUCUUCGAAUCGAGCCUGAGCGACAACGAAGGGUAUUUUUGAACGCUGUCACCAUGGUUGCAGCUGCCUGGCCGAUUGGAGAAGUCGAGGGCCACGAUGUCAAGCUAUGGGAGACAUCCAAAGCACUCUAUCCGCAUGUAAUCAGUCUGGAAGAUGCCUAUAGAAAACACUUCAAGCAUGGCGAAUAUGUUGACGGCGACUUUGAAUUUGCUGGACUUCUCAACCGCGCUGGAUGGUACCAACACGAACGCGGCGAAUCGCCUAUCAUAAAACCAUUAUUGGAGCUGGCCCUAGACCUCUGCAAUCGCAGCAAAGACAUCGAUCACCAGGACUUAGAAUCCGACAUCCGGCACACACUUGGAGCAGUCGCCAGCGGGACAAACGAUGCAGCCAGCAGCAUGGACCAUAAUAAGAAAGUGCUGGAGAUACGCUUGGGUAUCGCAGAGAAAUUAGGAGCGGUGGAUGAAAAACUCGCUAGCGCCUAUAACCAGAUGGGUAUCUCAUGGAUGAUGGCUGGCGAAUGGACCAAGGGCGAAGAAUGUUUUGCGACGUCUGCACGGGAGUACGAAAAAAUCCCGGACUAUACCAAAGAUAAGCGUUCGCUGGCCCUUGUAAAUCUUGGGACAACGCAAUGGCUCCAGGGAGACUUGGCACGGGCGUCUGAAGUGCUAGAGAUGGGCCUCGCAGAUCGAGAAGAAAUUUAUGGAGUCAUGGACAACCAUUGUUUCAGGACCGGUCGCUUCCUGCACGCACUUGGAAACGUGCGGUUCUCUCAGGGCCGAAUCAAGGAGAGUGAAGAUUUCCAUCGACGGGCCCUUCAGCAGUACCAGUCAACCAUCCGCAACCGCCAUCAUCGAACUGCAGAUGUGUGCCAUAAAAUGGCACAGCAUUGCCUUCGCAACGGGUUUUUUGAAGAUGCAAUCGUAUUCAUCGACCAGGCCCUCAAGAAUUGGAGCGUCGACUCAGAAACAUAUGCUCGGGAGAUAGCGCGAACUUCAUACCUAAAGGCUAAGGUGCUUUCGGAAGCUGGGCAGGAGGAUGAGGCAACAAAGUUGUUGCAGAAGGCGGCAUUCAUAAGACACAAGAUCACGGGGGUGGAGAGAGACGGCAAGGACCUGCAAGAGGAAGACUUUGACGAACUGGUCACAUUCUGGUCAAGAUAG